GUUACCAAUGGCGUCUGGCGUUGUGCUGGGAGUGACAGGACGCCCCCCGUCCCGGGUUCUGGUCAUGAUGACGGACGUUCCGCGGGGGGAGGAGCUGCGGCCCGUCCCUCGGGAGCGGGCCAUCCUGGAGAGCUUCUUCACACAGCUCGGCAUGUUCUCCUUCGACCGGGCCAAGGACUACGUAGAGAAGGAGAAGGACGGCAGCAGCCGGGGCGCCGGGGCCAUCUGGACGGCUCUGCUCGCAGCGCUGGCCCACCUGGCCGCGGCUGAGAAGGCUUACCACAACAUGACAUUCCUCGGACAGAAGCUGGGUGGCCAGUCUUUCUUUAGCCGCAAAGACUCGAUCCGCACCAUCUAUACGUCCUUGUACAACGAGCUGCGAAAAGUGGUGACUAUGGGGCGCCACGUCCAGCCAGGCUCUGCCCCAUACCUGGAAGACUUGCUGUCGCACCUGUCGGAGCAGCUCUGCCACUUCACCCAGGCGCGCAUGGAAAUGGCUGACCUCUACGAGAAGAUGCAUUCACUGGCCACUCAGAAGAGCAUCAACUCGGAUGAGCUGGUCACAACCCUGGAGGCUGUCCUGCAGAAGUACAGCUCGAGGUUUCACCACCCUAUCCUGGGCCGCGUGGAGGAGGGAUUCCAGACCGAGGUGGAUGUGGUGGCCCAGCUGCUGCGCUGCCAGGCCCAGGUGUCCGAGUGGCGCUUCUUGGCUGCUCUGCUCAGUUUGCAUGGUGCCAACUCCAAGCUCACCAUCUGGGGCCAGUUGUUCCAACGGCAAAAAGAGACCCGCAAGCACCUUUUUGGAGGCCAGUCCCAGAAGGCCGUGCAGCCGCCUCACCUUUACCUGUGGCUGCAGCGCUUCCAGGCGGCACUCCUGGCUAAGUUCAGCUUCUACUUCCAUGACGCCCUGAGCCGCCAGACCGCGCCCGCUGACAUGAGAGCCCUCACAGCCCGCACCACGCCCGACUACCACGGGAAGAUCAGCUCUUUCAUCCGCAAGCACGAUGCCAACAACGUCUCCCUGGUGUUCGACAACCGGGGCUCAGACAGCUUCCAGGGUCACGGCUACCACCACCCACAGUCGUACCGUGAGGCGCCGAAGGGCGUGGAGCAGUUCCCUGCUGUGGUCUCCCUGCCCUCGGGAGAGCGGCCGCUCACGCACUGGCCCAAUGUUAUCAUGAUGAUGGGGGACCGCGCCGCCGAGCUCAACACCCUAGAUAAGGUGGUGCACUUCUACGAUGACAAGGUCCAGAGCACCUACUACCUGACGCGUCCCGAGCCCCACUUCACUCUGGUGGUCAUCUUCGAUGGGCGGAAGUCCGAAAAAGAUUCCAACAUCACCUCCUUCCUGCAGGAUAUCUCGGGUUCACUGCGCAACUCCAAACCCUUUGGCACCCUUAAACCCGGAUCCAAGGGCUGACCUGAGGUUGACUGGGAUUGACUUACAUAGAACAUGUACAUAUACCUCUUCCCCUAGCUUGACAGGUGGAGACUGAUAUGAAGGGUGGUUUGUUGGUGCUUAACAUUUUUCUUAGAGAAAUUUAAAUUUACUCUCUGAUCUUUUCUUUUGGAAUGGUCCAAGACUCCGGUUUUAUUUUUAAGGAUUUUAGCCAGUGGUCCAACUUUGAAGCCUUUUUGUUCUGCAAAACGUGUUCCAGACCAAAGAGACACGUCCCAUUGGCAGUGUCUGCCCUCGCGAACCCCCACAACAAAUACUCUAAAUGAAAUCCUUAUACGUGUUCAGAUUCAUAGACCACAAAUAUGGCCAAUUUCCCCUCCCGGGCAGGGAUGUGCUGCUAGUACUGAACAUAUGUUCUGAUAAUUUAUAAAGUUUUUGUUUUUUUUAAGUGACCUGCACACAUUUUAACAGUUGGUGUUUCAGUUUUUAUUUCUGAUCCUUUAUUUUGUGCAGUGCUUGUAACCGUUUAACUAAAAUAAAGUUCUGAGAUGAUUGUAUAUACACUUCCCGGGGGCGAGUCUUUGACACAUAGGGGCGGCGUAGUGAUUUAUUCCGUUGCCUACCAGCACGGGGAUCGCUGGUUCGAAUCCCCGUGUUGCCUCUGGCUUGGUCGGGCAUCCCUACAGACACAAUUGGCUGUGUCUGCAGGUGGGAAGACGGAUGUGGGUAUGUAUGUCCUGGUCGCUACACUAGCGCCUCCUCUGGUCAAUCGGGGCGCCUGUUCGGGGCAACAAGUCCUCCAACCCAUACGACCGCAUAGGUCGUUUGUCCUCUAAUAC